AUGAAUGAGGGUCUAGAUAACAUGGAGCUGUCCCCCCCCCCGUCAUGUCUAAAGGCAGAAUAUGAGACCAUUUUCACCACAGACUCCCUCCUCUUCCUCCAUGAGCUGAUCUCCACAUUUGAUGAGGAGGUUGAUCAGGUUCUAAAACUACGAGUGUCCAGAAAGGCCCAUUUGGACCUGUCAGGUGACCUGCCGAGCUUUCUGGAGAGUAGCUCACAUAUCAGGAGGGACCCAGCCUGGAGAGUGUUCCCCGUCCCCCCAAGGCUCCAGAGGAGACACGUGGACAUCGGGGACCUGGCCCCCUGUGAUACCCAGCGCUUCAUUCAAGCUCUGCAGUCACCUGCACAAGGCAUACAGACCUUCCUGUGUGUUCCUAUUGAGUCCAUCAUUCGCACACAGUUCCUGACUGGAGCCAUGGUGUUGUGUAUUAGCUCCUACUGGCUCUCUGCUCGCUUUUACAGUCUCUGUGACAGCUGGCCCUGA